AUGGCAAUUCUGUCACCAUUUCUCUUAGUCUCUGCUUCCGCCUUGACCUCGACAAAGUAUAUUGAUGCGAUUUGCGGAGGCAAUCCCUUCUGCAUGCAAACGUUGACCAGCUAUCCUCCGGCGGUUUCCGCCACUGACCUGUUUUCGUUGGCUCAAAUCGUGAUCAAUCUCGGGAUGUCCUACGCCGAAGGUGCGGGACGUUUUGCGGCCGAGACGGCAGAGAAAGAGCCGACGUUGACACAAUUCAAGUCAUGUCAGCGUGAAUAUGACGGUAUUCAGAUGAAUCUUAGAAUGGGAAAGUCGGAGCUUAAGGAAUAUCCAGAUGGUGCAAACUAUGACAUCAUGCGUUGUAUUGACAGCACGGUGGUCGUGAGGGAUUUGAUCGGAGGAAACAGUGACAAUGCGUCGAAGACGCUCAUGGAGAUGACACGGCAGAUGCAGAGGCUUAUUAAUGUAGCCGUUGGAGCCACCGUAGCUCUUGGCGGGUGA